GCCUUUGGUAUCAUGUGUUUUUGAGGUUAAUUAUCACAUGCUCACUAACUUGAGAUUAUAAUUCGAAGGACCUCUAUACCUCCCAGCUCAGCGAUGAAUCUGGGAUGAAGAACAACAGCUCCGAAGCAGAUACGUUUCAUUCGAUCUCAAUGCUCAGGUUCAAGCCAGAGAAGAAGCUGCUACAAACAAUGAUGGCGCCAACGUCUCGAUACUGGCAAAAGGCAAUUUUAACAAGGUAUCUUUCAUUAUCAUGAGAGAUGGACUGGAGUUAGUUGUUAAGAGCCCAAAUCCAAAUGCUGGACCUGACCACUAUACAACGGCGUCGGAGGUGGCGACAAUGCAAUAUGUACAAGACCAAAACAUACCGUCAAAACAUCUCGGUCAGACUAACAUCUUCUAAAGCAAGGGAAAAUCUCAAAAUCCCUGUUCCUAGAAUCCUCGCCUACUGCUCUCGGGCUAUCGGAAGGAAGCUUGGCUCAGAGUAUAUCGUCAUGGAGAGGGGUCCAAGCAUCGAGCUUGGUCGUGUGUGGGAAACUCUCAAGCCGCGGGACAAAUUACCUAUCGUGAAGCAAAUUGGUUCAAUCUAGCCUUCCAAAGAAUGUCGAAGACUUGAAUGCCCAAGACAAAAAGGCUGCUGGGGAUUCGUUUCUUGCAGGCGCUCCGGCUUUAUUACGAGACAUCAAUUGGGGUUCUAAUUUGUCGGCGCAGCUAUCUGGACGUUGACGUCAAUGGUGCCAGUUAUUGUGCCACUC